UUUUGCAGUACUUGCACUGUUAUCGCAUAAUUUACAGAGUUUAUAACACACACGUACACCAGUAAUGGUAUUUUAGACAUUAUUAAAAUGGAAUGUAAAUACAUUCCCAUGAGUUAUUAGAAGUAGGGAGUGAUCGGACUCUGAAUGGCAGGCAGCUAACUUCAUUGAGAACAUCCAACAUCAGUUUAGCUAAUCAUACACUACUGACCUUAAUGUAUGCUACGUAAAGAAGCGUUACUCAUUUAUGAGUAUAUAAUCAAGGUAAGUCCGAGCACGUCAAAUUAGUCGAAACCCACAUUAAGUUCACUUUAUGACGCCCACAAGAGUUGUAGCAACUCUAAUAUUUCAAAGGUUUGACCGACACUUCAACAGUAUUGUAUAGGAUAGGAUGUUGCACACGGUGUGUAAUUAAUGUAACGUGCUUCGGAUCCGAACAUCUGACCGACACAAAAAAAGAGUCAUUCAUGGGUGUCGUGUAAUUGACACAAAAUGCUACUAAUCAUAGUCACGUUGGAAAUUGAAUUACAUUCGUCAGCACUGACAUAAGUGAGUUAGGGUUAAGUUAAUUUUAACACAAUGUGACUAACUCGAAAACGCUGUCUGUACAUGUUUGGCUUCAAGGGUCCCUGACAUGAUUCAAAUAAAUUGUUUGUAAUCAGCAAACUGUACAUUUGAAAAAAAUACAUUUAGUGUUUUUUUAUUUCAAGUUAGCUCUUGGAGUUCAGCCUCAUUUUUGGAAGUGGUAUAGGGUACUCUCCAUCCAUUUUCUAUACCGCUUCACCGCUGGAGCCAUCAUCAGGGUAUUAUUACUCAGGUAAACAAACAGCAGCAUACGAGACGAGGAUGUUUAUAGUGAUUAUAUGGAAGAUUUGAGCGAUGUGUCAAUAGAAGAAACAUUUGGAGAUGAAAUCGAGAACCUGCAGAACAUGGAUUUAAACCUUAAGACAUGGAGAUCAUGAAAAAACAUAUUGAAUCCAAAGACGGUGUCUCUGGUCGAGAAGCUUAUUAAAGAUGGAGCAGUCGAGACGCUAAAGAAAUGCUUUACAUCCAGGAUGGAGUUUGGUACAGCAGGUCUGAGGGCAGCCAUGGGCCCGGGCAUAUCUUGCAUGAAUGACCUUACUGUCAUCCAGACUACACAGGGUUUCUGUCGCUACCUGGAGGACAGUUUUAAGAACCUCAAAGAGCGUGGAGUGGUGAUUGGCUACGACGCCCGAGCCCAUGAUCCCAGCGGUGGCAGCAGCAAGCAAUUUGCCAAACUGGCAGCAGCUGUGUUCACCAGUCAAGGCGUACCCGUUCACCUCUUCUCAGAUAUCACACCGACUCCUUUUGUGCCUUUUACAGUAUCACACCUGGGGCUGUGUGCCGGUAUCAUGGUGACUGCCUCUCACAACCCCAAACAAGACAAUGGCUACAAGGUAUACUGGGAGAACGGUGCCCAGAUAGUAUCCCCCCACGAUAAAGGCAUCUCCAAGGCCAUUGAGGAGAAUCUGGAGCCUUGGUCGGAAUCUUGGGACACAGAGCGGGCACUGAAGAGCCCUCUGCUUAAAGACCCCUACGAGGAAAUUCAUACACAUUACUUCAAAGCCAUUCAGAAACACUGUCAUCACAGAGACUUAAACAAGAGUUCCGAUGUAAAGAUUGUGCAUACAUCCGUGCAUGGUGUUGGCCACGCAUUUGUGCAGUCUGCUUUCAAGGCCUUCGACCUUCACCCUCCGUAUGCUGUGGCGGAACAGAAAGAUCCAGAUCCAGACUUCCCUACAGUCGUAUAUCCCAAUCCGGAGGAGGGAGAAGGAGUCCUGACGCUCUCCUUUGCUCUGGCUCAGGCAGAGGGGGCCACUGUGGUGCUGGCUAAUGACCCAGAUGCUGAUCGAUUAGCUGCUGCGGAGAGGCAAAAGAGUGGAGAGUGGCAUGUGUUCAGUGGUAACGAACUGGGAGCCUUACUGGGCUGGUGGAUGUUCCACUGCUGGAAAGAGCAGAAACCCGAAGCUACGGCUGUUAAAAACGUCUACAUGUUAGCCAGCACCGUCUCAUCCAAGAUUCUGCGUGCCAUUGCCCUUAAGGAAGGCUUUCACUUUGAGGAAACACUGACAGGGUUCAAAUGGAUGGGGAACAGAGCCAAAAACCUUUUGGAUGGGGGCAAGACUGUUUUGUUCGCCUUCGAGGAGGCCAUAGGCUACAUGUGCAGUCCAUCAGUGUUGGACAAAGAUGGGGUGAGUGCUGCUGCAAUAGCAGGAGAGAUGGUUUCUUACCUGGCUUCUAAGCACAAGAGUCUUUCUCAGCAACUGGCAACCAUCUAUGAAGAGUACGGCUACCACAUCAGUAAGAACUCCUACUUCAUCUGUCAUGAUCAGAAAGUGAUUCGCAGCCUGUUCGAAGGUCUGCGCAACUACAACGGUAGCAAGAACUCGUACCCAACCAAAUGCGGACCCUUCUCCAUCACCGCUGUCCGUGACUUGACCACCGGCUACGACAGCAACCAGCCCGACAACAAGGCUAUUCUUCCAACCUCUCGAUCCAGUCAGAUGAUCACCUUCACCUUCUCCAACGGGGGUGUAGCCACGAUGAGAACCAGCGGCACCGAGCCCAAAAUCAAAUACUACACUGAGCUCUGUGCAGCCCCUGGUAACAGUGAUGUGGAACACCUGAAAAAGGAACUGGACCAGUUGGUGGAUGCCAUCAUUGAAAACUUCUUUGAGCCACAAAAAAACAAACUGCAGCCAAAACCAGAGUAGAAGUAAUACAUUCUUAUGUCAUUUUUACAAUGCACUGUAAAUGAUACCUGUCUGUUAUUAGAGAUGAUAGACACAAUGACAUAUAAUUCCAAAGAGGACAUCAGUGAGCAUUAAUGUUAUUGUAAACAGAUUAUUUUUGAUUCUUACGAGUCUUUAUUUUCAUAAUGUGAAGCAAUUUUUGAGAUAUUUUUCUGUCUUGACAUGACGGUUGUUUUCACCUUAGCCUGAUGUCCUUAAAUCUAAACACAAAUUCAUUCCUGCCGAAAAGUCAUCCCUGCUUCCUGUGAGUAGUUGUACUGUACAUAGAGACAUUGCUGUACAUGCAUCUGUAUUCCAUUCCAAGCUGCAAUGCUUGAGAUUCUAACGAUAAACUGCUGAGAAAGUC